AUGGCGGAGAACAAGAACACCGGCGACGUCGAUAACGGCGAGGUCGUGAUUCACAACGACAACCAAAUCAUCGACGAUGGCGUUCGACGAGCGCUCAAAUCCCGUCAUCUGCAGAUGAUAGCCCUCGGAGGUGUCAUCGGCCCCGGAACGUUCUACGCCACAGGCUUCGCCCUGCAAUAUUCCGGUCCUGCUGGCUCCUUGAUUGGGUACAUCAUCGUGGGACUCGACGUCUUCUUCGUCACGCAGUCCUUGGGCGAGAUGGCGACGCUGUUCCCGACGACCGGAUCGUUCAACGAGUUCGCCGGCCGGUUCGUCGAUCCUGCCCUCUCUUUUGCCCUCGGGUGGAAUUAUUGGUAUAUGUGGGGAACGAUUCUGGCCAACGAGUACAAUGGCGCUGCUUUGGUUCUGAGCUUCUGGACCGAUAAACUCCCCAACUACGCCUGGAUUUUGAUCUGCUGGGUCUUCUUCAUGGGCACCUCUCUGCUCGGCGUCUUGGUCUACGGUGAAAUGGAAUUUUGGUUGGCGACUUUCAAAUUCAUCGUGACAAUCAUUCUAUACCUAGUGGCCAUUCUCAUCAACACUGGGGCCAUCGGUGGCGACUACAUUGGAUUUCGCUACUGGGACGAUCCUGGUGCUUUCGCAAACGGCAUUAAUGGCUUUGGCAAGGUCUUGGUCUUGGCUGCGGUCAUGUACUCGGGAACUGAGGCAGUGGCAAUCACUGGCGGAGAGUCUCGAAACCCCAAGAGGGACAUCCCCAAGGCGCUGAAGCAGACCUUCUGGCGCAUCCUGAUCGUGUACGUUGGCAUGAUCUUCUUCACCGGCCUAAUUGUGCCCUACAACUCGGAAGGAUUGUUGAACGCCGCAUCCAAGUCGGCGUCGUCCCCCUUCACUGUCGCCCUGAACCAAGCGGGCUGGGCGGGCGCCGGCAACCUGAUCAAUGCAAUCAUCAUCAUCACGCUGCUCUCUUCGAUCAAUUCCGCCAUCUACAUUGCCAGUCGCACCAUCUAUGCUCAGGCCAAGGCUGGACGGGCCCCGCGGUUCCUUGCCAAGGCGACUUCCAACGGUGUCCCGGUCAACGCCAUCGUCUUCACCAACCUUUUCGGCCUCAUCUCGCUGCUCAAUAUCUCGGAGAAUGCUGGCAAUGUAUUCAGCUACCUGCUGUCAAUCUCUGGCUCAGCUGCUUUCAUUGCCUGGGCAUUUAUCGGGUUGACUCACGUGCGCUUCCGCGCCGCCGUGAAAGCCCAGGGCAUGCCCCUCUCCUCUCUUCCAUUCAAGGCCUUGGGGUACCCCUAUGUCCCCUGGACACUUUUCGGAGCCAACAUUUUCCUCGUCAUAAUCUCCGGGUACACCACGCUCCUGACACCCUUUGACCUCAAGGCUUUCAUCUUCGCUUACCUGGUUAUCCCCAUCUUCAUUGCCCUGUACGCCGGGUGGAAGCUCUGGCACAAAACGAAAUGGGUUAACCCUGCCGAAGCUGACAUCACGAGCGGCCGGAGAGAGUGGUUGGGCGGUACAGACGAAGAAACAGCUCACAAGGGCAUUUUUGCUAAGGUUAAGAAUGUACUUGUUGGCUGA